CACAAUGCACAAUAAGGUGGACCAUCUAUUGUGCAUUGCAUCUAAAACGCACCGUCCUUAGCCGAAUUACCCUAAAACCCAUCUCUCUGUCUGGGUGUGGUCCUCAAUACGUAUCGUUACUUUUCAUUAUAUAUUCACUGUUUCAUUUCAUGUCUCUCUCUACUGGACGCAGUGUUUUAGGGCCGAGGACGACCUUCUCAUUACAAUAAGGCGACGUAACGCGCGAACAUCACCGUCUUCGACAAUCCAUUAACACACAGGUCUGAUCUUCUCAACGCCUUUUUCUUUGAACGUUACUAACUCUUCUCAAAAAACCCUAGGUACUGCUUUUUUAAUUCAUUGAAAUUCAUAGGCUGUAGUAGACAGGAGCAUUGAUAAGACUUGCCCAUGAACUCACUGAUUGAGACCGCACAUAAUUGUUUAUAUACGUUUCAUUCUAUUUUAGGGUUUGAAUGGUUGUGGUGAUUUUUGGGUCGGCUUCAAUUUUGUGUAUGGGUUUGAGUUUUUGAAGAAUUGAUUUGUAUGUGAGAUAUGAGUGUUAAUCUUUUUAUAAUAGAGAAAUGGAAUGCAAUGAUACGGAUUCAAGAUUGGUGCAAGAGGGUUCGGUUGUUGGUUCUGAGAUGAAAUCUGGGGUAGGGUUUGAUGUGCAGUGUUUAUCUCCAAAACCUAGGGUUAAGAAGAUGGAUGGGGAAGAGAGGAAGUCAGGAUCUAAGAGAAAACUGAAACCUAUUGAGGUUGGGUUUGAUUCGGAUGAUAAUGAGCCCAUAGGGUCUUUACUGAAGUUUAAAAGCAAAAGAAACCCUAAGAAGGUUAAGGUAGGAUUGGAUGGUGGCAGUGAUAAGGGCAAGGAGAUUGAGGUCGGGGUAGAGAAACUGGUUGUUAAAGACGAAGAUUUGGGGGGUAUGGAUGAUACAUUGGCUAGUUUUAAAAAGAAGCUGAAGGGUCCAAAGAAAGAUGGUGGAUCUGGGGUAACCAUGGGAAGAAGUCUGGGUAUGACUGCAGCGGAGCCCUCGGGUCAAUGUUUGAAUGGCCCUGUAAAGGAUGGAGGUUUGGCUGUGGAAUCAAUUUCAGAAAUUGUUGAGACAGGUCAGGUGAUUGGUGACGGGACUAUCAGUAACGAAUUAGAAAGUAGAGGUAAAGCGAGGAUCAAGAGAACCAAGCUUGCUUUUAACCUGAAGAAAAAUGGAAGCAAUACUGAGUCUGAUGAUGCUUUGGAUUGUCAGAGAUGUGGGGAUGAUUCCACACAGAAUCAGGACGAGUUCGUUUUAAGGUCUGGAGAGAGUUCUGAUCACUGUUUGGAUGAAAAUUUAGAAGAUUCAUUGUCUGAAUUUUUCCGAAGAGCACAAUCUGGUUUGAUUAGGAAAUCUCGCAGUUCUUUGAGAUCGAAACAGAGAAGGGAUCCUCAAGUUCUCAGGGAGGGAUCAAGCCCAAGCUCCGCUGAUCAGAACAACAUUGAGAUAUCUCAGAGCUCCGUUGAUAAUUUGUGUCAAGUUUCUGACUGCAGAGAAAAGGAUUUGUUAUCCGGUGAUCCCAUGCAAGAGCUUGCUUCUGCACCAGUAACAGAUGAGAUUAUGAGAUCUAGUGAUAACACAUUUGGUGGAUAUUCUGAAGCAGUUCUGGAGGAUUCAGUUCCAAUUUCCUUAGUUCAAAGGUCUCAAUCCUGCUUAAGUGCAUGUUCUAAUAAGAUUGCCAGAUCUCAAGACAGUGAAAUCAAUAGACAGACUGCUGGGAUUCAACUGGGACCCACAGAGGUUUGCUGUGGCUCAGACCAUCUUUCUGAUGGCGAUUCUAAGGAGUUUCUUUGUGUGAAAGUGAAAAACAAUUGUUCUCUUCCUACUCAAGAGCCUACACCAGAAAUCUGCAAUUCAAAUGAUGGGUUAAAGAAUUAUUCAUUGGGGAAGGCUAGAAUUUUGGUGCAUGAUGAUAUUGAUUUGUGCAAUCUGGUAUCUGCUUCAGAACAAAUGGAGGAAACCCAUCUGUUUGAGAAGGGUGUGUCAAAUGUAGGGCCUAAUGAAAAUUUGGAUAAACAAUCUGAGGGUCUUUUGACGGUUUACCCUCCAAUUACUGACCAGAAAAAUUCUUCUUCUUUUGGAAAAGAAAUUCAGGGACCUUGUUCUGAUGAUGAUUCGUUGAAUAGACCAUGUGGAUAUAUGUCUAACAUGAACCUUACUGGAAAAAGUUUGGAGGGCUCAGCAAAAACCCCACCUCAAAACUCUUCGCCAUGUAAUGAUAAGAUGGAGAUGGCUUCGAAAUUUGAAAUAGGGCUUGCUUUUGAUCAAUGUCUGAAAGAUUCCCAGCAUUCUCAGCCUCACUCAUUCUAUACUGCCACUGGUUCUCCAAAAGAAGCAGCUUUAAGUGAUUAUGAAGCUGCAAAUCAAAUUCAUAGUGCUUGCAUUGAGGAGCCAGAUCUCGCUUCAGUUUCUUCACAAAAGGAAGAUGUGUCUGUAUCUGAUACUAGGUCGCUUCCACCCACAAUUUGUGGAGAACAUGAAUCUGAGAUUGUUUUGAUGAAAUACCCGGAGAAAUCCCUGGAGACUGGUGAUAACUGUAAUAAUUAUCUGCAGGAAUUAUGUCUUCCCGAGUCUGUUACUUCAAUUCAGAAGUGCAACUCUAGUUCCCAUAAAAAACAUCCUUCUGAAGAUGCAUCCAAAGGGGCAUGCAUUCCGGGUCGGGAUUAUCUCUCUCUCGAUGAAGAGGCCAAUGGAGACUCUUCUCCAACCUUUAUUGCAGAUCGUAAUGAUAGUUCUGCCGAAGAUGCAGGCUCUGUGCCUGAUCCUGGAAAUAAAGAUAAUAAGAAAAUAUUAGUCCAGCGUGUUGCGCGAAAGCCUAAAAAGUGUAGGCAUGGGGACAUGGCUUAUGAAGGGGAUGUUGAUUGGGAAAUUCUGAUACAUGAGCAAGGAUUUCUUGGAAGCCAUCAGGUUGGAGACAGUGACCAGUUCUUUAAAACAAGAGAUAAGUUCAGUUCUUCUUCAGCUACAGUUGCAGAGGCUGAAAAUGGAGGUGCAGCAGCAGUCUCAGCUGGGUUGAAAGCUCAUGCAGUUGGUCCAGUUGAGAAGAUUAAGUUUAAGGAGGUAUUGAAGCAAAAGGGUGGGCUUCAGGAAUAUAUAGAAUGCAGGAAUCAGAUCUUAAGUCUUUGGAGUAAAGAUGUUAGCCGUAUUUUACCUAUCACAGACUGUGGAGUCACUGCUACUCCUUCGGCUUAUGAACCACCGCAUGCUUCUCUACUUAGGGAGAUUUACGCAUUUCUUGACUGCAGUGGUUAUAUAAAUGUAGGAGUUGCUUCUGAAAAGGAGAGAGCAGAACCUAAUGCUAAACAUAAUUUCAAACUUUUAAAAGAGAGAAAUUUUGGAGAAAAAUCUGGUGCUCUUGUUGCUGAUUCAGAUGAUGGAGUUUCCUUUAUCCUUGGCCGGGGUAGGAAUUCUGAGGCAUCCAUGGAGACGAAAAAUGGUGUCGUAGUUGAUCAUGAAAAUCGGGCUGCAGGAGCCACUAAAGAUGGGGAGCUUGUUACUCUACAGGCAGUUGAAUUAUCCACCCAAACAAAACCUGAAGAAUGUCAAGCUGAUGGAUACCAGGAAAAUGGUGGCAUUGAUGCAAAACUGCCCAAGAAAAUGGUCGAUUUGGAUAUUUGGAUUUCUGAUCCAUCUUGCGAAGUGUUGGAUGGUGGAAUAGCCCCUGUUAUAACUUCAGAUUUCAUGAAGCACUCGCAUGGUGUUCAACCUUCCUCAAAUGAUUCCAUAGAGGGGAAUCAUCGUAUGCAGUGUGAUUCAGAAGUCAGAAACAGAAUCAUUGUCAUAGGAGCAGGUCCUGCUGGCUUAGCUGCAGCACGCCACUUGCAGCGCCAGGGUUUUUCCGUUACUGUUCUUGAAGCUAGGAGUAGAAUAGGGGGUCGUGUCUAUACGGAUCGCUCAUCCCUUUCAGUUCCCGUGGAUCUUGGGGCUAGCAUUAUUACAGGUGUUGAGGCAGAUGUUGCUACAGAAAGAAGACCAGAUCCUUCGUCAUUGGUUUGUGCGCAGUUGGGCCUUGAAUUGACUGUAUUGAAUAGUGACUGCCCUCUUUAUGAUAUUGUUUCCGCUCAGCGAGUUCCUGCAGAUUUAGAUGAAGGUUUGGAAGCGGAAUUCAACAGCCUCCUUGAUGACAUGGUAUUACUUGUUGCACAGAAGGGGGAACAAGCAAUGAAAAUGUCUCUUGAGGAUGGUUUAGAGUAUGCCCUAAAGAGGCGUCACAAAGUUCGAUUGGGACGGAAUUAUGUGGAAAGUGAACUGCAUAAUUCAGCAGAUUCCUUUAUUGGUUCUGAACAAAUUAGUGAUGGAAAAAUUUCCGAGAAUAAUAGUUUGAAGGAGAUUUUGAGUCCUCUUGAGAGGAGGGUCAUGGAUUGGCAUUUUGCCAAUCUGGAGUAUGGUUGUGCUGCAUUGCUUAAGAACGUGUCUCUUCCUUACUGGAAUCAAGAUGAUAUUUAUGGAGGAUUUGGAGGAGCUCAUUGUAUGAUUAAAGGGGGUUAUAGCACUGUUGUUGAAUCUCUGGGAGAAGGACUUUGUAUCCACUUAAACCAUGUGGUCACAGAUAUUUCUUAUAUCACAAAGGACUGUGGAGUAAAUGAUAACCAGUGUAGCAAAGUAAAAGUUUCCACAUCAAAUGGCAGAGAAUUUUCAGGGGAUGCUGUCCUUAUUACAGUGCCUCUGGGGUGUUUAAAAGCAGAAAGCAUUACAUUUUCGCCUCCAUUACCGCAAUGGAAACAUUUGUCCAUCCAGCAGCUCGGUUUUGGUGUUCUCAAUAAAGUAGUUAUGGAAUUCUCAGAGGUGUUUUGGGAUGAUUCUGUUGAUUACUUUGGUGCAACUGCUGAGGGAACGAACCAGAGGGGCCAGUGCUUUAUGUUCUGGAAUGUCAAAAAAACAGCUGGGGCGCCUGUUCUUAUUGCCUUAGUUGUUGGUAAGGCAGCUAUAGAUGGCCAAAAUAUGAGCUCAUCUGAUCAUGUAAACCAUGCUUUAACGGUACUCCGUAAACUUUUUGGGGAGGCUUCAGUACCUGAUCCAGUUGCAUCAGUAGUAACAGACUGGGGAAGGGAUCCAUUUAGCUAUGGUGCAUACUCUUAUGUUGCCGUGGGGGCAUCGGGAGAAGAUUACGAUAUGUUGGGUAGGCCUGUCGAGAACUGUGUAUUUUUUGCUGGUGAAGCUACCUGCAAGGAGCAUCCGGACACUGUUGGUGGUGCAAUGAUGAGUGGGCUUCGAGAGGCUGUGCGUAUAAUCGAUAUAUUGCGUAGUGGAAAUGAUUAUACAGCAGAAGUGGAAGCAAUAGAGGCUGCACAGAGACAUUCAGACAGUGAAAGGAAUGAAGUGAGGGACAUUAUGAAAAGACUUGAGGCUGUUGAGCUUUCAAAUGUCCUGUACAAGAACUCUUUAGAUGGGGCCCAGAUUUUGACCAGGGAGGAUCUACUUCAGGAUAUGUUCUAUGGUGCAAAAACUACUGCUGGACGAUUGCAUCUGGCAAAAGAGUUGUUGAAUCUUCCUAUUGAAGCUCUGAAGUCCUUUGCUGGGUCAAAGGAUGGGCUGAGCACACUCAACUCAUGGAUAUUGGAUUCAAUGGGGAAGGAUGGGACUCAACUCUUGCGCCAUUGUGUUCGUCUUCUUGUGCUUGUUUCAACCGAUCUACUUGCAGUCCGCUUGUCAGGCAUAGGAAAAACUGUGAAAGAAAAAGUUUGUGUGCAUACUAGCCGUGAUAUACGUGCCAUAGCAAGUCAGCUGGUUAGCGUGUGGAUUGAGAUUUUCCGCAAGGAAAAGGCGUCUAAUGGUGGUUUGAAGCUACUGAGACAAUCAACUGCUGUUGAUUCUUUCAAAAGCAAAUUUAAUCUUGCUUCAGGAAAGGCACCUCCACGCACACAUCAUGGCACACCAGAUAAUAGAGGAAGUUCGCAGUUUUCUGCAUCUGCUGGAAGUCAUAUGCCUUCAAGUGCAAACACGAAGAAAGUGAAUGCCAAGCCUGUAAAAUUGGAAACAAGGGCUGACUCAAAAUCAGAGGUUAAGUCAUCAAGGUCUCAAGGUUCAGUAGGCAGACAGGAAGCCAAAGGGGAGGAGGGCCAGAAUUUUGCCAUGUCUGCAGAAGAACAGGCUGCCUUUGCUGCUGCAGAAGCAGCCCGUGUUGCUGCUCUAGCUGCUGCUGAGGCAUAUGCAUCUACUGGAGCCAAGUGCAACACAUCGCUGCAGCUUCCUAAGAUACCAUCAUUCCAUAAAUUUGCUAGACGUGAGCAAUACGCACAGAUGGACGAGUCUGAUGUGAGAAAGAAGUGGUCUGGCGGAGCAUUCGGAAGACAGGAUUGUCUAUCUGAAAUAGAUUCUCGUAAUUGCAGAGUUAGGGACUGGUCUGUUGAUUUCUCUGCUGCGUGUGUCAAUCUUGACAGUUCAAAAAUGUCAGUUGAUAACCUCUCUCAACGUAGCCACUCGAAUGAGAUUGCAUGCCAGUUGAACUUCAGAGAACACUCUGGAGAAAGUGCGCCUGUAGACAGCAGCAUAUUCACGAAAGCAUGGGUUGAUGCUUCUGGAAGCGUAGGGAUAAAAGACUAUAAUGCUAUUGAGAGAUGGCAAUCUCAGGCAGCUGCUGCUGACUCUGAUUUCUACCAGCGGACUUUGCACAUAAGGGAUGAGGAGGACUCAAAUAUGAACUCAGAGGUACCUAAAAGGAAGCACAAAGGGUUAGCAAAUGAGAGUUCUGCCUCACAAGUUACAGUAAACAAGGAGUUGGCUGAAAAUCAACCCAGAGCGGAGCAUAUUAAACAGGCUGUUGUAGAUUAUGUUGCGUCGCUGCUCAUGCCUCUUUAUAAAGCAAGGAAAAUUGAUAAGGAAGGAUACAAGUCAAUAAUGAAAAAAACUGCAACCAAGGUAAUGGAGCAGACUACUGAUGCUGAGAAAUCCAUGGCUGUUUACGAGUUUCUCGAUUUCAAGCGCAAAAAUAAGAUUCGAUCCUUUGUGGACAAGUUGAUUGAGACGCACAUGACAAUGAAACCAGUCGUUAAAACAUGAUGGUCCCGAAGAUUGAUUGAUCAUAGUUUCUGAUGCCCUUCUGCACAACAGUCACGGAAGUGUGCUCCUGUUUGUUCCAUCAUGAGUUCACAGCACAAAUCGGCAGUGGAAUACCUCGCCAGGGUGGCGGCUUUGGAUUGGGUUUCUCAUUUAAAAUUCAUCAUACCAGACCACUCCUUAUGCUGCUAGUGAUUCGGAAGGUGCAGUAGAAGAAAGGAGAUGUUUUUAUUUAACCAUCUAUCAAUUUGAUUAUAGUUGACGGGCGUUCUUCUGAAUUUCUGAACUUUUGGUGGCUUGCUGUUUCAGACAGAAUUUGUGCUCGAGUAUUACAGGAAAAUAUCUCUUUUAGUUUUGGCAAAGGCCUCCUGCAUUGCAAUUGUGCUCAAUGCAAAUGUGAAUAGUUUAGCUCAUCUGCAUCACAGACAUUGGUUCGGUGUUUUCAACAGGGGCUCACUUGCACAGGUUAAUCUUAAAUCAAGAUUGUACUUCUAGGGAUAUGAAAUUGAGAACCCCCCCCUUUUUUUGGGUAACCCCAUAGAUAAGACAUGUUUUUGACCUUUUCUUCAGAUUUAUGUACAGAGUAGGAUUGUUUUUGUAUCAGCAAGUAUACCAGAUACUCUCUCUCUCAGUUCUUCUGAUUUAUGAAAUUGAAACUCAGAAUUUCAAGCGAAA